GCUUAAUAGAUGAACUUCGAAAAUUCUUUGUUAGGAAAUUUUAAAGAAAUCAAUCGAACGAGGGCACUUCUUAAAUUUUAAAAAAGAGCCCCUCUUUAAGUAGGCCGUAUAUUCGGGGGGAGCAUUGAUGUGUGAGCUCGAGUGAUUCUUAUGAUAUAUCAGAGGAAUUAGUUCAACCUUGUCUGGUCUACUCAAAUCUUCCUAACUUUCAACAUGGACGGAGGACACGGAUUUGGUCAUGGAAAGGUUGGCCAGGAACCAGGAACUGGUCCCCAGCCAGUUACCCAACAGCCACAGCAGCCGCCCCCCGGGGCACAUCACUACCAACCCCCAGGAUAUCCACAACCAGUACAUCAACAGCAAUCGAACACGACUGUUGUUAUCAACCAGGGGCGGGUUGGCCGACCCCCUCCCCGGAACUGGAGCUCUGGAAUAUUUGGAUGUUUUGAGGACAUGUCGUCUUGCUGUGGUGUUUACUGGUGUGGAAAUGGCUGCUACCCAUGUUACCUGUCGUCCAAACUCAACGAAAGCUGUUGCCUACCAUGCUGCCUGCCAGCAAAUUCGUGGCUGAUAGCCCUCCGUGUCAAAAUGAGGGCCGAAAAUAACAUUCAGGGGUCCAUAAUGGACGACUGUUGUUGCGUUUGCUGCUGUCCCCUCUGUGUCAUGUGCCAGCUGUCACGUGAACACGACUACACACUUGCUAACCCACAGACCUAUUGAGAACGGACAUGUUAUGGAUUGCUUCAUUCCCUUUAUGCGUAGUUGUGUGUGCAUUAACUACCAUUGUAACCACACCUUGAACUCUCAAUCCCUAUAAAGUGACAUAGAUUACGCUAUUCAAACUUACGAUGGUUAAAUACAUGUACAUAAAUCGUAAAAAAUUGUCUUUAAAAAAAAAAGAAUCAUUAUCCUGAUUAUCAAAGGGCCGGCCAUUUAAACGUUUUGAGUUAUUUAAUAAGCAACCUUUAACUAGUAUAAAUAAUGAAAAUAUACUAGCAGCAACGAAAAUGAUAAAAAAUUAAAAUUCCCCGGCCCCCUAUUAUCUAGCAUCCAAUGAAUAUGCAUGUAGUUUUGAAACAUGAAAAGAGUUGGCAGAGGCUAUCUGAUUUCAACUUUGAAACAAUACACUUUCUAUACUUGAUUUUUGUACGUGAACACCGUCACCCUGAAUCAUUCUUGGACGUUUCCUGUUAUUGACGCCAUGCAAGCAGUUUGGAUAUGAUUUGUGUAGACCUUCAUCUUUACUUUUUGUAGUUAUGGUACUGGUGUUGAAAAAAUAUCAAAGUUCAUUUCAUUUUCUAUUGCUUUACUGAACUUUUUUCCAUGUGUUAUAGUUUGUUAAUAAAUAAAGAAUUUUACGUCAAUGUUAA